AUGUCUAGCAUCAUCCACAAGGUUAAGGACGCGGUCACUCACAAGAAGUCUGGCGAUCACACCGACCACCACGACACCACAACCGAGUCCAACCAGUCCACCAACCACGGCCCCCAUGACAGCAACGUUGCAAACACUGCCGAUCCCCGUGUCGACAGUGACCGUUCCGCACACAACACUACUUCCACUGGCCACACCACUGAGCCCGUGGGCACCGGUGCAAGCCACGAGUCUGGCCUCUCUUCAAACCACGGCCCUCAUGAUAGCAACCUAGCCAACACUGCCGACCCCCGCGUUGACAGUGAUCGCUCUGCACACCACACUACCUCCACUGGUCACUCUUCUGGACCUCUGGGUACCGGUUCCAGCACUGGUGCUUACGAGUCUGGCCGCUCUUCCAACCACGGUCCCCACGACAGCAACAUUGCCAAUACUGCCGACCCCCGAGUGGACAGUGACCGCUCUGCCUACAACACAUCUUCCACUGGUCACUCUUCCACGGGAGGUCUAGGUAGCGGUGCUGGUGUUGGUGCUGGCACUAACGCUUACGAAUCGGGUCGUUCCUCUAACCACGGUCCCCACGACAGCAACAUUGCCAACACUGCCGACCCCCGGGUGGACAGCGAUCGCUCUGCCUACAACACAUCUUCCACUGGUCACUCUUCCACGGGAGGUCUAGGUAGCGGUGCUGGUGUUGGUGCUGGCACCAACGCCUACGAGUCUGGCCGCUCUUCCAACCACGGCCCUCAUGAUAGCAACAUUGCCAACACUGCCGACCCUCGCGUCGACAGUGACCGAAGCAAGUACGGAACUGGCUCUACUGGCCACUCCUCUACUGGCCACUCGACAACCGGGGCUCUCGGUGCCGGUGCCGGCCUUGGUGCCGCUGGUGCCGCUGCUGGUGCUUAUGGAGCCAACCACUCCUCCAACCACGGUCCCCACGAUAGCAACAUUGCUAACACUGCUGACCCCCGCGUCGACAGUGACCGCAGCACCUUCGGAACCGGUUCUUCUGGCUUGAACACCGGCUCCCACACCGGCUCAGUUGGCUCCGGCGGCCUUGGUGGUUCCCACACUGGCUCCACUGGAUAUGGCUCCAACCCUCUUUCUGGUACCCACGACUCCAGCCGCUCUUCCAACUACGGCCCCCACGACAGCAAUGUCGGCAACACCGUUGACCCCCGCGUCGACAGUGACCUUGACAACCGCCACACCUCCACCGGCACUGGCUUGAACACCGGCUCUCACGCCGGCUCCCACAGCGGAUCCACCAGCUACGGCUCUGCCACCCCUCUGACUGGUGCUGGCAACAGCGCCAACGCCCAGGAGUCCGCUCGAUCCACCAACCACGGUCCCCACGACAGCAAUGUUGCCAACAAGCUCGAUCCCCGCGUUGACAGCGAUAACAGCAAGGGAUACGACUUCAACAAGGAUGUUCGCCAGGGCAGCCUGGCCGGCCAAGCUGAGAUGAUGCACCUGUCUCACAGCUCUGGUCCUGACACUACCACCAGAACCUUCGAGGAGGCUCACGAGACUGGAGCCGCUGGUACCAAGGCUCCUGGCCACGGUGCUGGCAGCAGCUACAACCAGGGCCGUACUAGCCACUCCACUGCUGGUCCUCAUGACAGCAACUUGGCCAACAAGGCUGACCCCCGUGUUGACUCCGAUCGGGACGGAUCCAACACCGUUGGUAACACCAGGGGCAGCACCAGCACCACCCACCAGCGUAUCUAA